AUGAAAGCUAUUUUAAUCAUUUUAUUCGUCGGAUGGACUUUGAUGGAAUCAUCUGAAAAAAAAGAUGAUGUUUUAUCGAAUAAAAACAUAACCCAUGAUUUAUCAUUGUUGGAUUGCAUAUUCAAAUACGAAGAUAGCACGAUUCAAGCGUAUAAAAUGACCGGAUAUAAUUUACACAAUUGCAUAAGAUUGGCACAGAUAGAAACAGAAACGACUUAUUUGGACGUCGUUAAAAAUUUCGAACAUAUAAAAAAUAUUUCUUUGGAAAUGCACGAAUAUUAUUUGAACAAAGUUGAUAAUUGUUUGGAUAAAUCUUGCGUUAUUGCAUCUCUCAUUCAAUCCGUUGUUCAUUAUGAAAAAUUACAAGAAGACAUUUCAACGAACGUAACGGAAAUCAAUGGUAUCAAUACGAAAUAUCUUUUGGCUCACAUAGCUUUGGGAUGCGUGUCGAAUUCUGUCGUUCAAUUGGAAGAAAAUUAUAAAAUAGGAAAAGGAUUAAUUAACGAUUGUUUUAAAAAUUCAACACAAUCAAAAAUGGAUAAUGAUAACGAAAUGCUCAUGGCCGAAGAAUGA